AUGAAAAAAAAUUUUUGUUUAAUUUGUAAUAAUAAAACAAAUGGCAUAAAUAAUAGUAUUAAUUCGUGCAGGGCAUGUUCAGUAUUUUUUCGACGAGCCAUAUUAAAUCAUAAAAAUUUACAAUGCAGAAGAGGAACUAAUGAGUGCGUAAUUAAACCAGGUGAUAAGGUGUUUUGUAAAUAUUGUCAAUUUCAAAAAUGCAUCAAUAUGGGUAUGAUUAUCAAAAAGAAUAGUAAAGAGAUGGCGAUUAAUCAUGAUUAUAAUAAUUUAAUAGAAAUUAAUAAUGAUAAUGUAAAAAAAAUAAAUAUAUUUCUACAAAAUGAGACUUCAACUGAAAAAUGUGAUAUAUUAAUAAAAGAAAACAAAGUACAUAUUGAUAUGGAGGAACUUAUAUCAUAUGUUAAUGAAAUAUUUUCAAGUACUAAUUCUAUAUUAUCUAAUUAUGAUAGUUAUACAACAUCCCUUCAACGAAUAAUUAUAGGUAUUAAAAAUUUAUUUACAAAUAUGAAUUAUAAUAAUCCAGAAAAUAUUAUAUUAACAACAAAAAUUGAUUUUAAAAGAUGUUUUCAAGUUUGGAAAAAUUUUAUAAAACAUUCACCAAAAUUAUUAAUGACAUUGGAAGAAUUUUCAUGUUUACCUUUAAAUGAUAAAAAAAUAAUAUUUAGUAAUUUUUGGAAACAAGCUUUUAUUUUAAUUUCAGGAAUAUACCUAACAAAAAUUGUGGCAUUGAAUGAUAAAUCAUUAAUUUUAAUUGAUGAAAUUUAUGUGGUUGAUAUUAAAAAUAUUGAAUCUAUUAAAUUUGAUAUAGAUAUUGAUAAUCCAAAAGAAAUUUUAGAUUUAUUAACACCUACUUUAGUAUUUUUUGAUAAUUUUAUUUUAAAACAAUUAAAAAAUGAAAAGUAUGAAGAUAUUGAGAUAAUGUCAACAAAUGUUAUGGACAAAAAUGUUUGUUUAGUUUGUAAUAUUGAGACAAAUUCUAUUCAUAAUAGUGUUAAUUCAUGCCGAGCAUGUUCGGCGUUUUUUCGACGCUCCAUUAUAAAUAAUAAAACAUUCCGUUGUAGAAGAGGAACAAAUAAUUGCGUAAUGAAACCAGGUGACAAAUUUUUUUGUAAAUACUGUAGAUUUAAAAAAUGUAAAGCUGUUGGAAUGGUUCUUAGAAAUGAUAUUUCAGAUAAUUUUAAUAAUUAUAUAUUAUUACCUAGAAUGACUGAAAAUAAAGAAAUAGAAAGUUUAUCAUCAUUGUCUGAUGAUAGUAUAUAUCUAAGAGAUGAUAUAAAAAUUGAAGAUAAUAAAAUACUUUUUGAUAUGAAACAAAUUAAUUCAUAUGUUAAUAAUAUAUUCUUAAAUAUUAAUGUACAAACUGAUAACAAUGAUAAAUAUUUAACAUGUUUACAACGGGUAAUGAAAGGACUUAAUAAUCUUAACAAUAAUUUAAAUUAUAAUCAUCCUGAAAAAGUUAUAUUUACAAGACAUGUUGAAUUAAAAAGAUUUAUAAAAGCUUGGCAAAAAUUUAUAAGUUAUUCACCAAAUUUAUUAAUGACAUUAGAUGAAUUUGUUAAUCUCACAUUAAAAGAUAAAUGGAUAAUAUUUAAAAAUUUCUGGAGACAUGCUUAUGUAUUAAUUACAGGAAUUUAUAUAACAAAAAUUAAUAAUCCUUGUAGUGAAGCAUUGAUAUUAAAUGAUGACACAUAUGUAGCAAAAUUAAAUGAAGUUGAAUUUAUUAAUCAAGAAAUUGAUGAUAAAAAAAUAAAAGAAACUUUUUAUUUAAUGAAACCAACAUUAUUGUUACUUCAUAAUUUUAUACAUAAACCAUUAAAAGAUGAAAAGUAUGAUGAAAUUGAGAUAGCAUAUCUAAUAGUACAAAUGAUAUUUGACAAAUUAACAUUACACGAAACUGCAAAUGAUUGUCAAAAAAUUGGUGAUGAAAUGUUAAAAGUUAUUAAUGAUGAGAUACAUAAUUAUUAUGUUUACAAUAGAAAAAUGUAUAAUUAUGCUUAUAGGAUAACUGAAAUGACAAAAUUAUUAUUAUUUAUUAGAGAAUUUACCAAUCGACAAAAAGAAAUUAAUUUUAUAUCAAAAUGGAUGGAUCUUAUUGAUUUAAGUUUUAUGGAUAGUAUUUAA